GGGCUUUGGACGCUGACGGGCCAUGGAUCAUGACAUCGGCGACACAUGCUCGUCUGCAUCGUCGUUGUGGACUCGGAAUCUGGUGAUAUCCAAGCUGCCUCAGCCCGCAAGCCAUCCGCUUGCAGUCGCAGCCGAGGCUUCACAGACGAUUUCCCUCAGCGAGCUGCCAUCGUCGGUCAACUACGACGAAGAGCGCGAGCUUCUCCGAGAGAUUCAGAGCUCGUGGCCAAAACACGAUAUCCGUCGUCCGAUAGCCGUCCGCUUUUCUCUCGAAGAGCACAGCAGCUUCCUUGAGAGUGUGGUCGUCAAGGGCAAACUGGCACAGCCAGAUCGCGUCUCGAGCAAAUCUGCAAUAACGGCUCCACGGAAUAGCAGCGGCCCUUCCGACAAUGUUUGGGGCGGUGACGGAUUGCCACCAGCCAGCAAUGCCCACUUGCCAUGCACAUCGCAGAGCGCCAACCCGAUUCUCAGCGACGACUGCGAGGAUAUAUUUCGUGCCUCGGAUGUGAAACUCAACAACAUCGACAGAUCUCUAUCCAAUAUUCGCAAGGAAAUCCAGGAACUGUGCCAUCAAAUAGGUCAAGAGCUUGGACAUUCGUCGCCUCGUAGUUUGUGCAUUAAGCCACAGCUAGACAGGAAGCCGGAAGCUUCGGUCGACGACGGAGCCAAAGUCCUAGUCACAACAGGAACAGAAUCCCAAGAAAGGGUCGUGACUGUUGAUCAGCCUCCAGUGCAUCACAGUGUGGAUACUGGAAUCCUGGCUCAAUCUCAAUUCAAGGAGGAGCUCGAGUCGAUGAUCCAGUCGCUGCGCGGUGAGAUCCGAAGCCAGGUGAAGCAUUCAAUCGAAGAAGCCGUGAGAAGCAGGCUUGCUCCAGAAACGCGGAGGGAGGCAGCGAAACAGAAGCGACGCCUGUCAGCAAGCUCCAGAAUUCAUCAAGAAGUGCAAGACUUUGAGCAGCAGCUGGUGCGCAUUGUUUCUGAAAUCACGACGGAUCACACUGAGAUUCCACAGGAUACCGCCGCUCGAUUGCCGAAAGCGAUACCGUCGCAGGGACAGGCAUCAAGAGAGAAGCACAGCCACAAGCCACACUCCCGACUGCCACCGAAUAGGACUGAUGCGUCGGAUCGGCCACGAGCGGGACCAGCCAGAUCCGUCCGUCCAUCGAGACAGUCGCCGCAGCCGACGAAGUAUCCGUCACAAGCGGCAGACAGAGGAACUCGAACGUAUACCGCGCGAGAGCCACCGUCGCUGGUCUCGAUGGCAACGAGUCACUAUCGCCAAGUUCGGAGCACGCCGUCGUAUGCCCAGUCGACGUUCUCGUCAGAGAGCAGAGCAAACGGUGCCGAGAGUCGGUCGCGCGGCAAACCCUCAAAACCCCAGAGUAGAAGCUGAGUCGACCCUGAAGACAAUGCAGGGGCAAUACACUAUAUUCAGAAAACAACGGGACAACACAGCCGUUUCCAUGAACAUGUAGUAUGUGGUGUGCUCGCGUCAAGCAAAGCCAUAAGUAAUACAAUCAAAUCACUUUGGCAGCCUCCG